CUGCGUGUAAUUGCGACAGAAAAUGUGGUAUACACGAACUGCUACGACACAAAGAUUCAACCAAACACGCGAAGAAUAGUUUGAAGUUACAAAAACAACAAAAACUGACAUCAAUGUUUACCUCAGCUUCCAACUCACAAGAUACAAAAAUUGCAGCUAAAGCGGGUGAAGUAAAAAUGGCCUGCUUUAUAGCUGAGCAUAAUCUGUCUUUUAACAUAGCAUCUCAUUUGAAUAAAUUGAUUUGCGCUGUAUGUCCAGAUUCGAAAAUUGCCGUAUAAUUAUCUGUAAGCCGCACAAAAGCUAGAGCUAUUGUUGACGAAAGCACAGAUAAAUCUACGAUAAAACAUUUAGCGCUUGUCGCUAGAAUAGUAAAAUUAGAUUUCAGCGUUGGAGAUAGAUUUCUGACUUUAAUACCAAUCGUAGAUGGUACAGCAACAGCGUUGUAUGGCAAAACAGUAGAAUAUUUUGUUGAAAAAAAUAUUCCUUACAAAUCAAACAUGAUAGGCUUUGCUUCUGAUGGCGCUAACGUUAUGUUUGGAGAUAAACAUUCAUUGGUCACUUUGUUUAAAAAUGACAUACCUCACAUUUUUACAUUCUUUUAAUCUAUGCGUAUCAUACGCAUGUGAGAAAUUGCCAAGGGGCGUGGAAGAUUUCUGUAGAGACGUAUAUAAUCAUGUACAAAAUUCACCAAAACGUAUUGGAGUUUUCAAAACAUUUCAAGCAUUCACAAAUAUUAAACCACACAAAUUACUCCACCCUAGCCAAACCAGAUGGUUGUCGCUUAUUGAGGUAGUAAAUAGGUUUCUGGAACAAUUUCCAGCUAUAAAAUUGUAUUUUCAAGCUGCAGUUCAUGUAGAUAGAUUACUUUCUGCGCAAUCAAUUCUCUCCAAGGCUCUCGAACCGACAACUGAAUUGUACCUGGAGUUUUUGAAAUUUGCAUUACCUAUAUUUACCGAUCUCAAUAAAGAAAUGCAAUCCGAGACUCCGAAAUUAUAUUUACUAUACGACAAAAUACUGACCGCAUAUACAACGAUCUUGGAAUGCUUUGUACAAGCUGAAUAUUUGAAUCUCACUGAACGAGAAAAAAAUGAAGCACAAAAUAUUUUACACGCAAAAGAAACUAAAAUAUUAAACCUUGACUUCUCGAGUGAGCAGAAACAUUUACCGAUGCAACAUAUAUACGUUGGUGGAAUGGUGCCAAAUUUGAUCAGAAGAAAGAGAGAAUUAGUAGAACUAGAGGAAGAACAGCUGAAAAAUUUCUACUUAAAGUGUAAGGAGUUUUAUAUCGAGGCUGCAAAACAGAUAUUAAAAAGGUUUCCUUUUGACGACAAAGACCGUCAAGCAUUAAAAUGUCUGAAGAUGCUAAAUCCUAAAGCAAUUCUGGAUUCUGAAAUAAAAAAGGAAUUCCCUUCCUUUGCAGAUUUACAUUAUAUCUUCCCAAAGAUUUGUCCAAAUAAUAUAACGGAACUGUAUAGAGAAUGGCGAAUGUUAAGAAAUGUCGAUUUUUCUUUCGACCAAAACAAAACUCCCGAUAUUAUCGACUUUUGGAAACGUGUUCAAGAAUUAAGAAAUGGAGACGAAUCUCAAACAUUCCCUACAUUGUGUGAAUUGGUAAAGAAGCUUUUGUGCCUACCACAUACCAGCGCGCCGUGGAAAGGUUAUUUUCUGCUAUAAAUAUUAUAAAACCAAAUUACGCAAUAGAAUAUCGACUACAACUAUUAAAGGAGUAUUACACACUAAAUCCGAAAUAACUGAUUGCUAUUCAUUCGAAGCCACAGAAAAGCACAUGAAGAAAUUCAACAAAAACAUGUAUAAUUUUAAAAAUAAAAAUGAGUGUGAAAAUAUUGAAGAUGAGGCAAUUGAAAAUGAAACUGAAAAAUAAUUUUACUUUGAUUUUUGUUUUAUGUUGCUGUGAUUAUAAAUAUAUCAAUUGAUGUGAGUUCUAGUAACUAAGAAAGUUGUUUAUUAUUUAAUUAUAUGAGCAAAAUUAUGAAAUCUGCCUUUUUUUCUUUACCUACCGCUUUCUACUGUUUGUUUUAGGCGAGUUGUGGUUUUUUAGUUUUUUGAGGUUGGCAACACUGAAGUUAACAAAGCUCUAAUAAGAAAUCCGUAAAGCUUUAAUUGAAUUAAUAAAAAAAUAAACCAAGCUGAGUCAGCUUCAAUUUAUAAACAUAUCUUCAGAAAUUCGAGUUCUUUCCAAUAUUGUCUGAACUGCGCAGUUAGUAUUAAGUAAACAAUAUUGUAACCUAUAAAUAAGUGCAUCAUAAAAUAAAGUACACACGUUUUAUUAAAUUCGCUAAGAAAGGGAGAGUUAUUGUAUCCCUACACGCGAGUUAAUUUAUGUGUGUUUCCCGAAACAGAAUCAAUCAAAUAUCCUGAACUAAUGAGAAAAAAAAACACAAACAAAAAUCGGCAAGUUCGAGUUAAUUUACGCUUGUUCCCCGAAAAAUCAAUCAAUCAAUCGGACUAAUUAGUAAUUUUUCCAAUAUGUCAUUAGAAAACGGGAACGAAGCAAUUAUCACGAGAAUAAUUGCAGCAACAAAUGCUUCCCUUAAAUUAGAAGUAGAGGAGUUGUGAAGACAAUUAUAGGGGUUAACAAAUUCGGCUACGGUCACCGAUUACCAAGCAGAUUGAUCCACAGAUCAGGUGCUAGGAGUCGCUUGAGGUGAUCAAGUCUCUACCAGAAUUCUCUGGUAAACAAAAUAAAUACGUUAGUUGGAGGGAGUCUGCAGGUAAUACGAUGAGCCUAUAUGUGAGAGGCAGUCUUUGCCGCACUAACAAUAUUGCGAAAUGAAAUUACACAUGACGCAAAUGACCUAUUGUCUAAUCAUGGGACAGUACUGAAUUUUGACGCCAUCUUAGCACGCUUAUAUUUUGCGUAUGCUGAUAAAGAGCCUGCUUAUAUAAUCGAAUAGGAAAUGAGUAUAUUGCGGCAGGGUAGUAAUACCAUUAUUGAGUAUUACAAUAAA